AUAUACGAACAGUUGCGUUUAUAACUUCAAAGUAUUAAUAAUGGCACUACGCUGUUCGGUGUUUUUUACAAUUCUACUUUGUUGUCAACACGCUCUCGGUUUUACCUCAACGGAAACCCAAGUGUAUGGACGCGUUGUUGGGGGUAUUGUAGCUGCGGCAGAGUCCGCGCCUUAUAUUGUUUCGUUUCAACAGAGUGAUGUACAUUAUUGCGCAGGUAGCAUUUUAAAUGCAAACUGGGUACUGACGGCAGCCCACUGCUUGACCUCAAAGUCCCAAGUGUUAAGCAGUCAACUCAUCGCUGGUACCAAUAA